AUGUUCUGGAAACUCGGUGCACCGGUGUUGAUCACAUGCUCGUGGGUGUGGAGCUUCUCGGCUUCGUGGCCGGCCGCCGCCAUCAACGGCAUGUACGCACAGAUAAACGGCGAAAUUGCGCGGAGCCCACAGUUUUACGCGCAAUUAACGGGCGUCUACGCGUUGCUCGACGUCACCGGCAAGGUCUAUAUCGGGUUGGCGGCGUUGCUGAACGCGUGCACCGGCUCGAAAUUGUUGUAUUUGAGGUGGCGGAAAAUGAAAGUAUCCGGCUCGCAAGAAAUCGGGCUGUUCGUGAUGGCGUUUGCUACAUUUAUCUGCCAGAUAAUGUGCCAAUUUGUUGUGACCCAAAUCAAAGGAAUCGACCCCCGGUACAGCAACAUUGUGUCGUCGGUCAACGCGGACCUGUUCGCCCUUUCGGAGGUGUACAUCGGUCUGAUCUUCAACCGGCCACUUCGGACGCAACUUCGCGAGGUGGGCAUCGACGCGUUUACGGCUGUGUGCGGGAAGAAGCCCCAAUCGAAUGUGGCCACGAUAUCGAUACGCGUCCACAGCAUAUACCCG